GUAACCACCAGUUAACAUUAUACAACCAGCCGAAGUUGGAUUAGUAGCUCUCAUCGGUCUUAUUUGCAGAUUUUAGAAAUGAAAAAGCGUCUGAUCCAAAUCUUAGGUUUUUUGAUCUCAACGCUGGGAUGGUUGUUUGUGUUGUGCACCAUAGCCAUGGACUACUGGAGGAUCUACCAAAUAGGAGGCCAAGGAGGUUCCUUCAUCAUCAAGGUGGCCUGGUACUGGUCCAACCUUUGGAAGGACUGUUUCACUGAUUCCACAGCAGUGACCAACUGCAGGAACUAUCCAGUGCUCUGGUCUGUCGCCCCUUUUAUACAGGCGGUGCGAGGCCUGCUAAUGUGCGGCUUAGCUUGGGGGUCUUUCGCUGCAGUAUUUUGCUUUCUCAGAAUGGAGUGCACGGUCAUCGGCGGAGCUAAGAAAACUAAGGACAAGCUUCUGCUUACAGGAGCAGCAUGUCAUUUUGCUGGCGGUAUAUCUGAUAUUGCUGGUUACUGCUUGUACAUCAACAGGAUUGCUGGAACGAGUCUCGCUCUCACUGUUGGUCCAGGAGUUUUACGGUAUGAUGUCGGACCACCUAUAUUUCUUGGAUUGGUGGGAUGUUUUUUCAUCUUUUUGGGGGCUAUACUUUACACUGCGACAGUCUGGAAUGUAAUAGUCCCUGAAAGUAAAGUGAUAUAUGCAUAUGGAACAAGGACAUACAUGACUGCCCGCUCCACAGGAAAAACGCUGUACACUGGAUACUACAGACCUUACGGACAAUAUGGAUACUAUAUUGGCUCAGGACGAUCCAGCAGCUCCAGAAUUUCAAAGCUUUCGCAGACCACCCCAGAGAAAUUGUCAUACAGAGAUGCCUUUGUUUAGUAAUUCCAAAUCUGAAGACUAGUCUAUAAAACUACUGUGUAUGAUUUGCAGCCCAGUCUCACUUUUUGUUGUGAUACUAUUACGAAAUUCGUUACAUUUUCAUGACAUGGUCAAGUUUCAGUCAUUAUUUUUAACCCUAACUUAAAUGCCCCCCACGUCAAACCAGAUUUUGUGACACCAUCACAAAAUAAUUUUGUGAUGGUGUCACAAACUACUAUCUCACUUUUCGUGAUGCCAUCAUGUUUUUGCCAUGUGAUCAUGUUGAUAAUUUGUUGCUAUUGCCAUUAUUGCUGUUGUAAAACUAAGUCACAUUAGGGUGAGAAUAUUGUGUUUACUUUUCAUUUGUUGACUUUGUGUGUAUUGAAAUUGUGAUUUAAGCCAUUUGUUUAAUGCCACUGUUCCAUUUGAAGACUGUUCCUGUCUCUAAGAACUCAUGUUAAAUAUUUCACACAUGAAUAGUCCUCUAAGUUAAAAAAUAAUAAAAUAUAC